GCCAAACAUAAGAGCCGCUCCCCAGCACGGAGCCACGGACACGAAAGAAGUCAAGCACUCAACCGACCCGCUCCUGCUCGAAGACAUGGAGGACACCACAGAGCCUCCCUCCGAGCAUACCUCUACCCCCCAAACUCCCCCGAUGGAUCCUCAACCCUUCGGCCCCCGAGAACCGCAACCUUACCGCGUCAUUUGGCAGUCUCCAGCUCCCUCACCAACUCCAACUCCACCACCUCUCAAUGACUAUCCCCUACUCAAUUCCUCGCGCUACCUGGAAUUCGAAGAAGAGCUACGCAUGCGCACAGGCAGGUUCAGAGAGAGGGAGGGUAGUCUCAACGAUCCACCUUCCCAACAUGAACACGACUAUGGCUACCGCAACCGCGCUGCCACACAUACAGGCCCCGACACAAGUGAAGAUCGUAGCGAUGAUGCACAAAACCAGCCCCAAUAUCCACACGAUGGAACCCCGUCCUCAGAAAGGGAGCCUCAGUGGCUGAAACGUAUAUCAAGGCCCGCCCGUGUGGCCAUCAGGUUGGUUUCGGGCUCUGCAGUCAUCGGCGGCCUUGGUUGGAAGCUUUGGCACAGCCGGGUUGGCGGGGAGCUGUUCACGGAGGCCGUGGCGAGUAGCGAGGCCUUGAUGGUGGUGGGUAGAGGGCUAAUGGGGGUGAGUGCGGCUGUGGCGAGGGGAGUGUGGGCGGUGGCGAGGCACGCUUGGAGGCAUUCCAGGCCGUAUACGGCUUUUGGGCUGGUUUACGGUUUGUGGUCUAAGGGGGAAUUAUUGGGGAAUUGGGUGAUUCUCAUAAUGUACAUGUUGCUUGCGGGUCCCUCCAGGGAGCCGUGCUACUGCUAUGCUUGUCGGGUCGAGAUGGCUCUGGCUAUAAGGAGGGAGACCGGAAUGUCUCUGGCGGAGAUACUUGCACCUGAUGAAGAUGGUUGAUUCUGUAGUGCUGACGGAAGGGGAGAAUGAAACGGAAACCAGGGCAGCCUAAAUACCCCGAAAGGGAGUGCCGGGGAAUGGGCGGCCCAAGGCACGAACUUCCAAUACCUAUCUGUACAGUUUUGGGACAAUUGGGAGUAGGAUCUAACGGAUGGGGUGUGUCGAUGUAU